GGGAAGUCUAGUACCUGGUCGGGGUAGCGGAGACCUGGGUAUCUGAUUGCUUAUUGGACACCUCCACCUGGAUAAACCUAGCCAUCCAAAGCCUUCCCUCAAGACUGACCCCCCCCCCAUCCAGGUUGGCUAAACCCCACAAAUGCCAGUACUUCACUCACCCAUCCUGGGGUUGUCCAAAUUUGUCUCUUGUGUCGGGCUGGCCGGUAGGACAACGCUUGCCAGAAUUCUCUGCGAUCCCGUGUGGUCAGUCCCCGCUAGGAACUACAACUCCCAGGAUUCUGCGCGGGCCCAGGGGGCGGGGCUUUCUGCUGCUGCUCCCGGGAAAAGACCAUGGCAGAGCCGUCUCGGCACCGCUCGCUGUAUAAACCGGUUGGCUCGCCGCCUUGGAAAGAGACGUUCAGGCAGGGAUGCCUAGAGAGAAUGAGAAAUAGCCGGGACAGGCUCCUGAACAAAUACCGCCAGGCUGGAGGCAGUAUGCCAGCGGGAGCUCAGAAAACCCUUCUAGUGCAGGAGGUGAUGGAAGAAGAGUGGAACGCUUUGCAGUCGGUAGAGAGCUGGCCAGAGGCCUUGGCUCAGUUGGAGGAGCCGAUGGACCUGGCUGUGCUGGAGGAAAUCCAACAGGAGCUGAUUGAUCAAGAACAGUCCAUCAUCAGUGAGUACGAGAAGAGCUUGCAGUUUGAUGAAGAGUGUCUCAGCAUCAUGCUGGCUGAGUGGGAAGCAAAUCCCCUCAUCUGUCCUGUGUGUACAAAGUACAACCUGAGAGUAACGAGCGGUGUGGUCGUGUGUCAGUGUGGCCUGUACCUCCCAUCUCAUUCUCCAGAGUUGACAGAGCAAAAGCUUCGCGCCUGUUUAGAAGACAGUGUGAAUGAGCACAGUGCAUGCUGUCCCCACACGCCAGCGUUUUCCAUCACUGAAGGGACAGAAGAAAAGCCCAGUCUUCUCAUGAGCUGUCCGGUAAGCCUCCCAGGGGACCCAGUGGUGCGAGCGGGUUAGUGGGUGGUUUUAUUCCCACCACGGUAGAAAUAGGUUAGACACAGGUUUUUAAAGGUUAGAGAUGGUGACACACGGCCACAGGGACUUGGAAUGUUUGAGACGGGAGGACAGUAGUCUUAGAUGGAAUGUGCUAGACCACCAGAAAGCCAAGCAUAUAACUACAAAGUGGAGUCAAGGCCUACAUUUCUUAGGACAGUGAUGCAGCUGAGCUGUCAGGGAAUCGCGGGCCAGCUUUAUACUGGGUGCCCACUGAUCGUAUGAGGGCCAAGGAAGGUAACAAACAUUCCUUGCUUCUGCCUGUGGUGAGCAUGCAGUUUAUUCCUCCCUGUGACACAUGCCCGUGAACCUCACUUCCCUGCCGGGCUACAAAAGCUGCCAGCUGUCAAGUUUGUCCUUCUGGUCACCGGUUCCCCGAGGGUGAGUCCUUCAGGGUUUGAUCUCAGCUUGAGGACUACAUUGCUGCUGCUGGUUUCCUAAGGCAGUGGUUUUGAGGCUGCAGGACAGAGGUGCAGCGGAGCUGAGACCAGGGCUCGCCCACGGCCUCUGUCACCACACCACUGAACCUGGUGCAGUGGUAACUGAACGUGACGUCGUCUCAUAAGCAGUGUGAAGGUCAUUACAUUUUCACCAUAUGGAGAUCAUGUUCAUGAGUGGAAUGCAACUUAAGCUAACUUAAACUUCUGUUUAAAUCCAGGCUUGUGACACUUGGGCUGUGAUCCUCUAGGGCCCUCUUCUCACCAUGUUCUAUGGAGGAGCUGAACUUCCAUCUGGAGAAGAGGCCUUGUAAAUACAAACCUUUUAUUUAUAAU